AUGCCUGCCCGCACUACUGUGGACAGAGAACAACUAUCGACAUUGAUACCGCGCAUAUUUGACCAGGCUCAGAAUACCGCUGCCAACCACCAGAAGAACCUCGUUGCUCUCCACAAACUCCAUGCUCAGGCCGCAACAAUUACCGAGAAAGUCGACGAUGGCGCGAGCAUGAAGCUGACGGGAGAGAAGAUGUUCGAAGACGUGUUUCAGGACAUGGUCUUGCGAGUGGUGGUGGUCAAGAAGGGAACGUCACAGGCCGACAAAAUUGUCAAGUUCAUCGGGAUGUAUAUCAAGUUCAUCAAUGACAAGGCUGCGGAAAUCAAGAAGGAGGACGAUGAAGAUGAAGAUGAUUCGACUGCUGGCCGGUUCUUCAACAAGUUGCUCAGAUACUUGCUCAAGGGGCUGACGGCCAAAGACAAGAUUGCCCGGUUUCGUUGCGUCGACAUUCUCAACGAGUGUGUUUCGCAUAUUGGCGAGCUUGAAUCUGCUCUACUCGACCGGAUACGAGACAGGGAGGCGAUAGUCCGCAUUCGGGCUGUCCAAGCGAUCACGAAACUCUGCGGAAACGAGUCACCGGACGACGUCGAAGAUGGGGAGUCCGCAAUAGAGGUCUUGCUUAACACUCUCGCUCGAGACCCUUCUAGCGAAGUUCGACGUUGCACACUCAUGAAUAUACCACUUUCUCCUUUCACCCUUCCUGGCGUACUUGGACGCACACGCGAUACGGAAGACACGAUACGCACUGUAGUCUACAACAUCAUUCUCGCGACCAACAUCACCGUCGCUGGCCAAGAACGAGUUGCAGAUGGGGACAGCAACAAUGCUCCAAAUCCCAUGGGCCCAACGCACCCACGCGCGCUAUCCAUUGCCCAGCGAGAACUUGUGAUACAAAAUGGCCUCGGCGACCGAAACGCCAGCGUGCGUAAAGCAGCUGCGGCAUUACUCGGGAAGUGGGUUGACAACGUUACAAUCGAGCCUAAAGGCGAACCCGAGGACGAGGAGCUGCCCCCAGCCGGUAGCGAGGAGGCGAGGGCAAGAGAGAAAGAAAAAGAAAAGGAGGAGGUGCGGGAUCGGCUCAUAGCGCUCCUGAGGAUGUUCGACCUUGUGGAGAACAAAGUCGCGGAGAACGCGCUACUCAGCAUCUUUGCCACGCGUUUGGAUGUCUUUGACAAGCUUGAAUUCAAAGAACCGUACUGGCUCACCCUUACUCCCGAAAAAACCUUCCUCACGCGCGUAUUCGUCGAUCAUUGCAUCGCGAUCAAGGACGAGGCGCAUCUGGACGCGGCGAUUCCUGUCGUCAUGUUCCUCGCGUUCCGUAUCCAACAAACGUACAACGACCUCAUCAAAGACCUUACCGGAGCUCAAGACGAAGAUCACCUCGGCAACGCGCUCAACGAAGAUGCGCAGGCGCGUCGUGAGGAGAAGCAGAUGGACGCGGAGUUCGUCAUCGGGGAAAUGCUGCGAAUGGCGGUGAACAUGGACUAUACGGAUGAGAUGGGUAGACGGAAGAUGUUUUCGCUCGUUCGUGAGAUGAUCUCCCAGAGUAGUCUACCCGACUCCCUCGUCUCGGUUUGCCUUGACGUCUUACGCACGCUCUCAUCAAGUGAACGUGACCUCAUCCGUGUUGUCGUCGAAGUCGUGCACGAACUUCGAGAUCCCAAGGACACAGAUCAAGAGGAGGAGGAGGAAGAGCCUGCUAGCGUUGCACCAGGGCUGGAAGACGACGACGCUGCUGUCCUUAACCGCCUACCGCGUAUGCCCGCCCGCGAGAACAUGACGCCCGAAGAACGUGCACGCGCCGACGCCAUAGAUUUACGAUGUCUUUCGCUGUGUAUCGGAAUGCUGGAACGUGUCAACGGGACGUUUGAAGAAAACUCAACUUUAGAAGGUAUCCUCGGCGAAUUAAUUAUCCCCGCUGUGAAACGCAAGGAACUUGUUCUUCGCGAGAAGGGUCUCGUCGCACUUGGGUUGUGUUGCCUUAUCGCUCGCCGCAUGGCUCUCAACUCGUUCCAACUUUUCCUGGGCCAAAUCCAAGCCGCACCCGAGGUUCUCAAGAUCCAAGUCCUGCACAUCGUAUUCGAUAUUCUGAUGGUGCAUGACCGCGACUUCCUCGGUCGCGAUGACUCUGGAGGCGAUAAAGUGAUUGAUUUCCUGCUGCACAUCCUUUCCGCCGAGGAGAGCGACCGCGUGCAGGCCGUCCUCGUCAUCGGUCUAGCGAAGCUUGUCCUCGCGGGAAUGGUGGGCGACGAGAAGGUGCUCAAGAGCCUUGUCGCCGCGUACGUCUCCCCCGACACGGUAGACAAUCUCGAGCUGCGCCAAUGUUUGUCGUAUUUCCUGCCUGCAUAUUGCUACGCCAGCUGCACGAAUCAGCGCAGAAUGCAGCAGAUCUUCAUCCCGAUGUUCGAACAACUAGCAGAGGCGUCGCGCGACUUGGAUGAGGACCAGGAAAUGGUUACACCACUGCAAAUUGCGGGUAUGAUGACCGAUUGGACGAAUCCAGACAAAGCAUUCAAGAUUGAAGGCGCCGACACGGACGAGAUGAUUCAUUUCGAUUUAGCAUCAGAUAUCGUUAAGACCCUUUACAAGGACAAGAUGAAGCGCGAAGACAAAAAGGUCCUUUGCCAAAUUCUUGGCCACCUUUAUCUCCCUGACGAAGUGGACGCCGACAAAGUCCGGACACUCAAGCUUCUCCUGCACAAUCUUCAAUCCAGGCGUCCAUUGCGGGACACGACAUCCAGGAAUGCGUUCAACAAAUUCGACGCAGCCGUCACGAAACGAUAUGCCGAGCUACUCGAAGGUUUCUCCGAGGAAGAGUACCGACAGUUUGAGACCCUCAAGGAUCUGUUUGAAUUCUUGGACGAUAUUAUCCCCGAGGAUGAUGAUGAGGACGAUCCUCCUUCGAAAACUAAGGCUUCGCGGAAACGGCGCUCAGAGAGUGCUAUGACGGACACUCCAACCAGCAGUGGAGGAGAAGAUGCCGACUCGAAUGCAUCAUAUGGGUCGACACACAAGGCUAGCAAAGGGAAGGGGAAGACUAGGAGUAAACAACCUGCGAAACGGAGACGCGUUUCGGGCUCAGAGCAAGGUGAAGGAGACGAGGGCCAUGAUGAAGAUCCUGCUCCUGCACAAGAUUUCAUCACGCCCAUGCGGACUCAGCCUCGUCGAGCUGCUUCUGUGAAGAAGCCACCACCGCUACAGAAAAUCUUCGAUGAAGACGAAGAUGAAGAGCAAGAUGAAGAAGACGAUGAUGAGGAAGAACAAGAACAAGACGAAGGUUCUGUCGUCCCUCCCUCUGAGGAAGAAGAGGAAGAAGCCGCUUCCCCUCCUCCCUCCAGACAACCAAAGCUGCCACCCUCGAAGGCUAAGCCCAAAGGCGUCAGCGGGAACAGUAGGGCCAACAGCCGUCAACCAUCUCGUCCGGCUGUGAAUGGCCACGGUUCAAAGGCAAGACCUGUUAUGGCGAGGGCUAGUGCCGCGACUAUCAGCAGCGUGGCCGAGACAAGCUUUGACUCGAUCAUGGACGAAGAGGGAGAGGAGGAUGAAGAAGAUUUGGAUGAGGUGGAGGAUAUCUUGUAG